AUGGGGUCUACUCAGAAAAGCCUAUCGAAAGAAGAGAUUGAGCGCUACUCGCGCCAAAUGAUUGUCCCCGGUAUGGGGAAGGAGGGCCAACUUCGUCUCAUGAACGCCAAGGUCCUCAUUAUCGGCGCCGGGGGUCUCGGCUGCCCAGCUGCUCAAUAUCUUGCCGGCGCGGGCGUGGGCACCAUUGGCAUCGUCGACGGCGACUCGGUCGAAACAUCUAAUCUCCACCGGCAGGUCGCCCACGCUACGAAGCGUGUCGGCAUGCUCAAAGUCGACAGCCUCAUCACUCACCUGAUCGAGAUCAACCCACUCCCCGUCUACGUCCCCUAUCGCUUCGACCUGACCCCGCAGAACGCUGCUCAAAUUAUCAAGCCAUGGGAUGUCAUCCUCGACUGCACCGACAAUCCGGCUACGCGCUACCUCAUUUCUGACGUCUGCGUACUCCUGGGCAAGCCGCUGGUCUCCGCAGCGUCAGUGCAAAAAUCCGGCCAGCUCAUCGUCCUGAAUUGCCCGCCGACUCCGCAAGGCGUGGUCAACAAGAAGGCUGCGCCAUGCUACCGGUGCUGCUUCAAGAAGCCCCCGCCGCCCAGCGCACAAACAUCAUGCGGUGAAGCGGGUAUCAUGGGACCUGUGGUUGGCAUGAUGGGUGUCGCGCAGGCCGGCGAGGCGAUCAAAAUUUUGGUAUCACAGCUGCAUAUGCCACCAAAGGAGGGCGAGGAAGUGUCUCCUGAGAAGAAUCUGGUUCAGCCGACGCUGCUGAUUUAUACCUAUGAUCUGAACAGCGCGAUUGGGCCGUACUCCUUCCGGGCACUCAAGAUGGGUGGGAGGAAGAAGGAUUGUUUCGCUUGCGGAGAGAACUCGACUCUCACGCUGGAUGGGAUUAAGUCAGGGAACCCGAACUAUGUGCAAUUUUGCGGCAACAUGACGCAAAGCACGAAUCUUGCCCCGGAGGAUCGAAUCACAGCCACGGCGUACAAUGAGAAGAGGAGAAAUGGAGAGUUAGGAGAGCAUAUCCUUCUCGACACCCGUGAAAAGGAGCACUUUUCCUUUGGCAGCAUCCCAGGAGCUGUCAAUGUACCAUUUAGCAAGUUUUUGGUCAAAGCGUCCUCCAUUAAGAGAGAGGGCAAUUCUCCCGCUGAACUUUUGCCCAUGCAACCUGCAAGCGACGAGGCACCUAUCGUUGUCGUCUGCCGGAGAGGGCAAGAUUCUCAAGAGGUCGUUGAAAAGCUCAAGGAGCUGGGGCUGGACAAUGGUGGAAAGCGCAAGAUUAUGGAUAUUGUCGGUGGUAUGAAGGCCUGGAGGGACGAGGUAGACCCAGACUUCCCCUUCAUAUGA